AUGAGCAAGCCUUGUGAGAGAUUAAAGGAGAAGGGAGAUUACUGCUGUGACCAUGUAGACGAGCAAGACAACUACUUCUUCAAAAUUCUGAUUGGGCUGUUCCUUGCAUUUAUAUUUUUGCUGCAGACCAUACCAGAUGCCUUUGUGAAACAUUUUAGGGAAAAAUUAGGAAGAACCAUUGAGCUGGAUUCACGCAAUGGUUGCACCUUCGAUGCCCAAAUUACCAGCUACCAUGACAAACUAGUUCUCCAAUCUGGAUGGGAAGCAUUUGUGAGUGCACAUGACUUGAAAGUGGGGGACCUUCUGUUGUUCAAGUACAAUGGGAUAUCUCGGCUGGAGAUUCUAGUAUUCGAUCCGAGUGGCUGCGAGAAAGUAGAAUCAUGUCUUGUCAUCAAUAAUACUGAUCAAGAGCCAAUUGAUAUCUCAACCAGUUAUCAUGAUAUUCCCAUAAAUUCAACACAAAGUGACAGACCAAACCAGGGGAACGAGAUUGUGAAUAUCAGUUCAUCAGGGUCUCAACACGAGGCAUCAGGCUAUUUUUCAUCAUCAGAAGAUGACCUGGAUGUGCAUUCUGUCCCGCCUUACAUCCUCCCCAAAGGCACCCUUCUUACUGAUGUGCAGACGAAGAAACUGGAAAAAAGGGUCCAAGCUAUUCAAUCCAAAACCCCCAUCUACGGCUGCAUCUUGAACACGGGCAGUAUUUAUGGGAAACGUCCUGCUCUGUACUUACCUCUGAAAUACGCCAAAUACCUUCCGUCUGAGAAUGGAACACUCUUACUCGAGCGACAUGGCAAGAACUGGGAAGUGCGGUGCAUCGUUGCCUCGUUUGAACGUAAAAGGUUCACCAAAGGGUGGAAAAAGUUUGCACGUGACAACAAUUUGAAGGUGGGAGAUUUCUGUCUCUUCGAGCCACUCAAGAGGAUGAAUAAGCAGUACAUCAUGAAGCGAACGUAG